AUGACCCUUCUCUUACUCUGCCAUCCCAUCUGCCGGAAACUAUGGAAUGCUGUCAACCCAAUGCCCAGGGGCAAAUCGUCAGCGGAUGAAGCGGAGGCUCGAUUGAACCAAAGGGCAUCUUUUGACUACUCCUUCGCGCUUCUUUUCCUAGUCAUACUGCAUGGUUUCUCGGCGUUCAAGGUGCUCACCAUACUCUACAUCAACUAUAACAUUGCCACAAAUCUGCCAAAGAAAUACGUACCUGCCACGACGUGGGUGUUCAAUAUCUGCACACUGUUUGCCAAUGAGCUCUGCAACGGGUACCACUUCAGAGACAUUGCUAGCUUUAUUUCAUUGUCCGAUCCGAAGAACCUGAGCUCGCCGGAUGGGCUUCUAGUGCAAUGGGGCUCUUGGCUAGACAGUUGGGGAGGCAUCAUGCCGAGAUGGGAGAUUCUUUUCAACAUUACAGUAUUGAGACUCAUAAGCUUCAACUUCGACUAUUAUUGGAGCCUAGAUCGGAGAAGCGCAAGUCCCCUCGAGAAGAAGCAACUAGACCCGACGAAUCUUUCAGAGCGAGAUAGAGUCACCAUUCCCGCACUGGCCCGGGAUUACAGCUUCCGGAACUUCCUGGCUUAUGCGGUGUACGCGCCGUUGUAUCUAACCGGGCCGAUUUUGACGUUCAAUGAUUACAUAUCGCAGCUCCGGUAUAAGCCGGCAAGCAUUGAGACACCACGGACAAUCCGCUACGCCGUGCGUUUCGUCCUCGUCCUCCUAGUCAUGGAGCUUAUCCUUCACUUUGACUACGUGAACGCCAUAUCCAUGUCUAACCCAGAUUGGUCUUCGUACACGCCUGCUCAGCUCACCCUUCUGAGCUACCAGAAUCUCCAUAUCAUUUGGCUGAAGUUGCUGCUACCGUGGCGACUGUUCCGCCUCUGGGCACUCAUCGAUGGCAUCGAUCCGCCCGAGAACAUGAUCCGCUGCGUCAGCGACAACUUCAGCGCGGCGGGCUUCUGGCGUGCUUGGCACCGCAGCUAUAACAAGUGGCUCGUCCGAUAUAUCUGGAUCCCCCUUGGCGGCGCCAACUUUCGCAAUUGGAAGAGCUCGGUCCGGAGUGUGGUAUCAUAUCUUCUCAUAUUCACGUUCGUGGCGCUGUGGCACGAUAUCAAGCUGCGGCUGGUGAUAUGGGGCUGGCUUAUCGUCUUCUUCAUCAUACCAGAGGUCGCCGCUAAGGCGUUAUUCCCGGCGCGGAAGUGGGAAAAUCGACCAACUGCAUAUCGUAUGCUAUGUUGCAUCGGUGGGGUGGCCAACGUGCUUCCGAUGAUGUCGGCGAACCUCGUUGGAUUUGCGGUUGGGCUGGAUGGGUUGGAGAGUAUUGUUAAGGGCAUAUUCCAUGACUUUAAUGGUAUCAUCUUCUUCGUUACAGCGUGCUCAGCGUUGUUCGUGGGUAUUCAGGUCAUGUUCGAGAUCAGGGAGUCGGAGCUAAGGAAGGGCAUCUCGUUGAGAUGCUAG